AUGCCUGGAAUUGCCAUGAUAAUUCAUUCUCCAGCGUUGUUUCUUCGCAUUGCUAUCAACGUAGCUACGGUUGUUGCAGCAAUUUCAGUGACUGCUGCGGGUAUUUCAGUAGGUGUGGUCGUAGCAAAACUAGCUGCUCAGUCUGCAAGUACUGGAAGUAGCAAUCCCUUGUUCGAUACUACAGUAGUACUUCAAUCAUCAUCAUCACUUGUAUUCAAUCGUAUAAUUCAACCAUAUGAAUUCGACUCAUAUUAUAAUACAACACAAACACUUAUAGAUCUAACUGGAGAAUUGAAUGAAUAUUUGUCAGGAAAAUUUCCGACUACUUUCAUUAAAGCAUAUACUUACGGAAUUUCGCUAUACCCACAAAAAACUACCACUCGAAGAAGAAGACGGCGACAGAACUGUAUGUGUACUAUUGGUAGUUCUCCUCAAGCUGGUUGUCCUCGAUGUGGUACAACUUCCAUGCCGUCGCAGACGAAUCAAGGAAUACAUACAACGAUGUCAAGUUUUGCCAGCACAGCCUCAACAAUGCUGUAUAGCACUUUUGAUACAAUGACUACCAACAGCGAAAAUGCCAACCAUUGUAAUAUUUCGUUGUAUUACGACGGCACUGUUCAACCAGCACUCAUUUAUCUAAAUGGUACACUUUAUUUCAAUAGUACACAAGACAAUAAGCCUGAUCCUACAGUGAUUAUAGAUGCACUAGCGUCAUUCGAUCCAGUUAUUAUUUUAAUCGAUAAAUGUCUACAGAAAAGUCCUGCCGAAAGUACCUUUAAUUCCGCAUUGUCCACAGUACAGCCACUAUCUGUUGUAGAUGGUGAUGCAUCAGUCUUAAAUAAGAAUAAUACGUAUUCUUUAGCAUUAGUAAGUCUGACUAAUUCAGUUACUACACCACAACUAUCAACAAUGACGACGAUAACUACAACAACUACAACCGUAACACAAUCAACUACUCCUCUCUUUGGUUGA